AAACUCCAAGUGUCAUCCGGGGAUCAUCCUGCCCAUCUGGUAUCCCGAGGAUCCCUCCAUGGGAGACAAGAUCGCACGGGUCAUUGUGUAUUUUGUGGCCAUGAUCUACAUGUUUCUCGGAGUGUCCAUCAUUGCCGACCGCUUCAUGGCGGCCAUUGAGGUCAUCACCUCCCAAGAGAGGGAACUUGUCAUCAAAAGGCCCAAUGGGGAAACAACCACCACCACGAUUCGGGUGUGGAAUGAAACGGUCUCGAACCUCACCCUCAUGGCCUUGGGCUCGUCCGCCCCUGAGAUUCUGCUCACUUUAAUUGAGGUUUGUGGACAUGAAUUCGAAGCUGGCAAGCUCGGGCCGGCCACAAUUGUCGGCAGCGCAGCCUUCAAUAUGUUUGUCAUCGUUGGCCUCUGUGUGUCGGUCAUUCCCCAAGGAGAGGUACGCAAGAUCAAACACCUCAGAGUCUUCUUUGUCACUGCCGGCUGGAGCGUCUUUGCUUACAUCUGGCUCUACAUGAUUCUGGCUGUGUUUUCUCCCAAUGUAGUCCAGGUCUGGGAGGGUCUACUCACACUGGCCUUCUUCCCCAUAUGCGUACUUCUUGCGUGGGUAGCGGACAGACGACUGCUCUUCUACAAGUUCAUGCACAAGAGGUAUCGCACCGACAAACACAGAGGUGUCAUCAUUGAGACGGAGGGAGAACGCUCCAAGGGAAUCGAGAUGGACGGCAAGAUGGUCAACUCUCACUUCAUGGACGGAGGAGCGACGAGCAAUCUCAUUGGUCUGAUCGAGAGCAAAGAGGUGGACGAGUCCCGGCGCGACAUGAUCCGCAUCUUGAAAGACCUGAAGCAGAAGCACCCGGAGAAGGAGUUGGAUCAGCUGGUCGAGAUGGCCAACUACUACGCUCUCUCGCACCAGCAGAAGAGCCGUGCCUUCUACCGCAUCCAAGCUACACGCAUGAUGACGGGCGCUGGAAACAUCCUGAAGAAACACGUCGCAGAGCAGGCGAAGAAGAGCGUCAGCGUGCAGGAGGUUCACGUGGAAGAGCCGGAAGAGUAUGUGUCUCGAAUUGCGUUUGAGCCUGCAAUCUACCAGUGCCUCGAGAACUGCGGCGCCGCCAUCCUGACCGUCACCAGAAAGGGCGGCGACAUCAACAAGACGAUCUACGUGGAUUAUAAGACGGAGGACGGCUCGGCUAACGCUGGGGCAGACUACGAGUUCUCAGAGGGUACGGUGGUCUUCAAACCAGGAGAGAUGUUUAGGGAGAUAAACAUUGGCAUCAUAGACGACGACAUCUUUGAAGAGGACGAGCACUUUUUUGUACGGCUCAGCAAUCUGCGUGUCCUGGAGACGGAGGACGAGGUGCUGUCGCCCAACAGUCUCCCGUACCCGAAGGCCAUGCUGGGCUUCCCCACUGUGGCCACCGUGACCAUCCUGGACGACGAUCAUUCGGGCAUCUUCACCUUCGAGAGCGGCUCACUGCACGUCAGCGAGAGCAUGGGUAUUAUGGAAGUGAAAGUGCUGAGGACUUCUGGAGCAAGGGGGACAGUCGUUGUGCCUUAUCGCAGCGUGGAAGGACUCGCCAAAGGAGGAGGUGAAGACUUUGAAGACACCUACGGAGAGCUUGAAUUCAAAAACGACGAGACCUGCAAGCUUAUUCACGUGAAAAUUAUUGACGAUGAGGAGUAUGAGAAAAACAAGAACUUCUUCCUGGAGCUGGCCGAGCCUCGCAUGGUAGACAUGAGUCUGCAGAAAGGUGCAUUUAAUAUAUACCAAGAAUAUGAUGACUACAGGAAGAUGUCAUCAGACGAAGAGGAAGCCAGGCGGAUCGCAGAAAUGGGAAAACCGGUGCUGGGGGAACACUCCAAGCUGGAAGUCAUUAUUGAGGAAUCAUACGAGUUUAAGAGCACAGUGGACAAGCUGAUCAAGAAGACCAACCUGGCUCUGGUGGUGGGAACCAACUCCUGGAGAGAACAGUUCAUGGAGGCCAUUACAGUCAGUGCAGGUACUGUAAACACACCAGAUGAGGAUGAGGAGGACACAGGGGAGGAGAGGCUGCCGUCCUGUUUCGACUACGUCAUGCACUUCCUCACCGUCUUCUGGAAGGUCCUGUUCGCUUGCGUCCCUCCCACGGACUACCUGAACGGAUGGGCCUGCUUCUUCGUCUCCAUCGCCAUCAUCGGCCUGCUCACGGCCGUCAUCGGCGACCUGGCGUCUCACUUCGGCUGCACCAUUGGCCUCAAGGACUCAGUCACUGCUGUGGUGUUUGUGGCGCUCGGUACAUCUGUCCCAGACACCUUUGCCAGUAAGGUGUCAGCGGUCCAGGACACCUACGCAGACGCCUCCAUCGGGAACGUGACGGGCAGCAACGCCGUCAACGUCUUCCUGGGAAUCGGCCUGGCGUGGUCGGUGGCUGCCAUCUACUGGCACAUGAAAGGGAAGCCGUUUGUGGUGGAAGCCGGCUCGCUGGCCUUCUCCGUCACCCUCUUCACCAUCUUCGCCUUCCUGGCCAUCUCGGUGCUGCUCUACCGGCGCCGGGCCCACAUCGGAGGAGAACUGGGCGGGCCCCGGGGACACAGACUGGCCACCUCGGCCUUCCUUUUCGGCCUCUGGUUCCUCUACAUCCUCUUCUCCAGUCUGGAGGCCUACUGUCAUAUAGAGGGCUUCUAAACGGGAAAA